CUGUGGAGGUGCCGUCGUUCCCCGGGGGCCGCAGCCGCUCGUGUGCCCCGCUCGCCCUCGCCGCGUCCCGUCGGGACCUCGCGGCUGGCUCCGCCGGCCUCGACCCCGGAGCUGGCCCUCGGAAGCCCGUUGCCUCCCUUGGCCUGGCCCGCAGCGCAGCGUGUCCGUGAGGCGGGCGCUCCGAGCGGUGUUUUUCUCCGUGGGGCUUUCAGUAAGCUUGCUGCUGGUUUUCCUGACUGUCUUCUGGGGGAAAUAGCCAUGUCUCAAGCUGUGCAGACGAAUGGCACGCAACCUCUAAGCAAAACUUGGGAGCUCAGCUUAUAUGAAUUGCAGAGAACACCUCAGGAAGCAAUAACUGAUGGCUUGGAAAUAGUGGUGUCGCCCAGGAGCUUGCACAGCGAGCUGAUGUGUCCCAUUUGCUUGGAUAUGUUAAAAAACACUAUGACGACAAAAGAAUGUUUGCAUCGUUUCUGCGCUGACUGUAUCAUUACAGCCCUCAGGAGUGGCAACAAAGAAUGUCCCACAUGUCGUAAAAAGCUAGUUUCAAAAAGAUCACUGAGACCAGAUCCCAAUUUUGAUGCUCUCAUCAGUAAAAUUUACCCAAGCCGCGAUGAAUAUGAAGCUCAUCAGGAGAGAGUGCUAGCAAGAAUCAGCAAACACAAUAACCAGCAAGCUUUAAGUCACAGCAUUGAGGAAGGACUAAAGAUUCAGGCUAUGAACAGGUUACAGAGGGGCAAGAAACAGCAGAUUGAGAACGGCAGUGGCGCAGAAGAUAACGGUGACAGUUCGCACUGUAGCAAUGCCUCAACGCACAGCAAUCAGGAAGCAGGGCCUAGUAAUAAGAGGACCAAAACAUCAGAUGAUUCUGGGCUAGAACUGGACAAUAACAACACAACUGUGGCAAUAGAUCCUGUAAUGGAUGGUGCUAGUGAAAUAGAAUUAGUCUUCAGGCCUCAUCCUACCCUCAUGGAGAAUGAUGAUAGCGCACAGACGAGAUACAUAAAGACCUCAGGCAAUGCCACUGUGGAUCACUUGUCCAAGUACCUAGCUGUGAGGUUGGCUUUGGAGGAGCUUCGAAGCAAAGGAGAAUCGAACCAGAUGAAUCUCGACACUGCCAGUGAGAAGCAGUAUACCAUUUACAUUGCUACUGCCAAUGGGCAGUUCACUGUAUUAAAUGGCUCGUUUUCCUUGGAACUGGUCAGUGAGAAGUACUGGAAAGUGAACAAACCCAUGGAACUGUACUAUGCACCAACAAAGGAACACAAAUAAGCUGUGCAGGAAAACUGAGAUGGGACUAACUCUUUUUAUAAUUAUGAUUUCUUUAAUAUUAAAAGAAGGCAGCACCAUUAUUUUCAUGGACAAUACACGUGAUGUCUUCUGGCUCUCUCAGUAUACCUAUUAAUAUGAUUAGACCGUAUUCUGGGUUGUAUUUAAUUUAGACUUUGUUUUGGUUUUUUGUUUUUCCCUAGGAGACUAAAGGACCUUCUCCAGUGCAUUCCGUUGUUUGACAUGCUUUUUUGUUCCCAAUGCAUGCUAACCGAACAAGUGUUCCAGGUUGGAAUGUCUUAAUUUAGUCCAGGUAAAGCUGGAUUUCUAAUGCAUUUGACACAGUUAUAGUAGCCUCUGUGAAGUAUUGAGCAUUGGAUAGCUAAUUAAGUCUAUUCAAUAGUGACAUAUGCCAAGGAAAGUGUUAAAUGUUGUAAUUUGCUAAUGGUUAUCCAUAUAAAAGAUGGUAGAGAAUUGAUUUCUGAUAGUCUUGCAGCUAGAAGUAAUCUCACUCCCUAGAAAAAGGGAUUUAUUAUUCUGUCAUUUUAUUGUGAACAAACAUGGCAAUAGUGAGAAAACUGACACUUUAAAACCAUGCUGCUUACUGGGCUUAAUACUUCUGUGUAAGGUGGUUCAUGAGUUUGGUUUGUUUUUUCUUUAACAAAUAAUUCAGUUAAACCACUCCCCACCCCCCAGAAGGACCCUUCCCUCUGUGGAACAUCCCAAUCUGGAUGUACGCUGCAAUUUCCAGUUUGGCCCCUGUUGCAGAGUUAUCCUGUCCUCACAAGCUUAAUUGAGCAAAGUCUUCUGAGAGUUUUUCAGCUCUCCUGUGCUCCCUGUCGUCGCAGAUUUUUAUUGUGAAUGUAUCAGAAUUUUCUGUGAAGAACUGUCUUGGAAACUCUUUUUAAAGCAAAUUCCAUAAAUUCCAGCACGAUGAUGUACUGAAACGUGCAAAUACUUUGUUUUACAGAAUUCUUGCCACCCUAGCUGUGAGCUCAACUGGGCUUCAGCUGGAGUAGGGAGGACUUCAACCAUAAGCUGCUCUAAGAAUUGUUUUUUAUUUUUAUUUUUUUUGCCAUAGCUUUAACAAAUGUGGCUUAGCACUUUGGAAGAAAAUUUUAGUACUUGACAACGUUUACCAUUUAGUGUCUUAAAUGAGGUUCAAGGUUUUAAACUUGGCAGUAGGCCAUCGUGUGAAGUCCAGUAGCUGUUGUCUGUGUGCAUGUUAAAAUCCUCUUCCCUCGCACUGGACCUUGCUUUCACGUAAUGGGGGUUGCUCUACCUAUUAGCAGUCUGGCUUAAGGGAAAUAAAUAGUCACCGUGAGAUUCCCUUUGCUGUAAAACUUACUGAUAAGACCUUCAGCUCUUUGCAGAUGAAGCUAGAAGCAAAAAAGUUGCUGUAAUAGGUGAGAAGUAAUACCCUUUAAACUGUCCAGUGUUGCUCCUUCUUUGUCUUGCCUGUAGUUAGACUGAGUUUUUGGCAUGUGGUACGUGAGUGUUCAAAUUCUCGGGGAUCCCCUUGGGAAGGAGCCUGCCCUUCCAUUACUUCCGUCUUUCAAGUCUAGCACUUGUAAAUACGUGUCCAUUUCGACUGCUGUUCCCCCAUCAAUUUUUAUCCCUAUAUCAAAACUAUACAGGCUUCUUUGAAUAACUUAAUUAUUUUCUCCUACUGGAAACAUUUGUUUUUUGUAAUCGUGCCAUGAAACUGAAGUUUUCAGACCCCAAAACAAGGGGAGGGGGAGUAGUUUUUAAUUACUUUAUUCAUUAUUUUCUGGUGAAAUGUUGCGUUGUAUAAACUAUUAGUGCAUGUCCACUAAAUAUAAUCGUGGGGGGGAGGGUGGAAGGGGGUGUUGUGAUUAUAAAUGCUUUAAAAUUUAUGGGGAAACUUCUAGGUUAGUUGCAGCAUACGUUCCCAUUGUGAUAGCUAAGGUAAUGUCCGAUCCCUUAAGCAAGAGAGGUAUUUGUGAAGCUGAGCAGUCUGUCUAGGAACCGUCUGUCACUUUGUCCCGUUUUUAAAAAGCGUGGGAGAAUGUGAAGCUUUUAUUUUCAUGUCGUAGUGAAUUUACUAUUUAUGUUCUUUAAAUAUUAUAUAUAAAUGUAGUUGUUUGAUUAAACCAUUGAUUGCACUGUGACUCUUUAGUGCUAUAAACUAUUUUAUUUUCAAAAUUACUUUACUCUUCCAUCCUUUUUUAAACCAUGUUAUUUUUCAAGUACACUGUGUGUGUUAGGUACGGGUAAGUCUAACAGUGCUGAUAUCCAACUGAAGUCACACAGAUUCUCAGAUGGACAAUAAAAGCAAAAACAUUAUGAACAAACUA